AUGGCGUCCAACCUCCCCGACCCGGACCUCUCGACCCUGACGUCCUCGUCGCAGAUCUUCUCCGCGCCCGCCGGCACCCCGGCGUACACGCUGCCGCAGAUCCGCAGCCUGCACAAGCACAUCCACGUCGCCAUCGACGACAAGCAGGCGCGCCUGCGCACCCAGGUCGGCGGUAGCUACCGCGAGCUGCUGGGCACCGCCGACUCCAUAGUGCGCAUGCGCGCCGACAUGGACGACGUCCAGGCAGUGCUGGGCCGCAUGGGCGCGCGCUGCGGCCGCGGCGUUGUCGGUGCCAAGGUCGCGGGCCUGGGGCGCUUUGCCGCCGAGCGGGACGGGGUCAGUGAGGAUCGUUUUGGGAGGAGGAACCCUGGUGAUGUUGCGAGGGCGAAGAUACUGGCUGGCUGUGUUUUGGUACUGGGCAGGCUGCUACAGGGGCAGUUUGGGCUACAGGAUGGGGAAAGGCUUAUCACCGCUACCAAGGUCCUGGUCCUGGGGAGACUGCUCGUCAAGAGCUUCGAGGAGCACAAGCCUGGUGUCGAGGUGAAAUCUGCACUAAAAGGAUCUACGAAGAGCCUGGAGAAACUCAGGAAAAGGCUUCUACGGAGCAUUGACAAGGCAUUGCAGACCGUCGGAGAGAAUACCAGCAAGGACCUUCUCCUCAAGGCCCUUUGCGCACACAGCCUGGUAACUGGAACCGGUGCCCGCGAUGUUAUCCGUCACUUUUUAGAUGUCCGAGGCAACGCGAUGGCUUCAGUUUUUGACGUCGAAGAGCACCGGAGUUCCCUGGAUGUUGUGAAAGGGCUGGAGCUUUACACUAAGACGAUCCUCGACGUGCAAUAUCUCGUGCCUAACAGGCUCACUGAGGCCCUAUCCCAUCUCAAGAAAGAACCUCUCCUGUCUGACCCCUCGGUACGGGAAUUAGAAAGCCUGAGACUGGACAUCUACGAGCGGUGGUGCGGCGACGAGAUCUCCGAGUACAAGCCAUCGGUUCGGCACGACGACCUCGACGGCAGGCAAGCAGUGGACAUGCUGACCAAGUGGACCGCAAAGGGCAGCGAGGUGCUCCUGCAGGGUCUGGAGAAGACGCUGGAGCGCACGACCGAGUUCAAGGCCAUCACGGAGCUGCGCACCGAGGUGCUGCAGCUCUGGAUACGAGACGGUGGCAAGGCGCGCGGCUCCGACCCGUCCGUCAUGCUCGACCAGCUUCGGCAGACCAUCAACGCGCACGUGGCCGGCGUUCUAGACGCCAAGGUGAACAAGUUGCGCCUCGUCGGCUCCGAGAUCGCGGCCACGCUGGAUGUCUGGCGCGCUGGCGUCACGGACGCCCAGCCCAGCCUGUGGGACACGGACUCGCUCGAUAUGGACCUGCACCACGGCGCGGGGCCGUUCGCACUAGAUGUAAUUAACCGCUUGUAUGGACGGAACGACGCUGUUGCCAGGGCAGUCACGGGGUACAAGUCGUGGGCGCAGGUCAUUGAUGACGUCGAGGAGGUUGUAGAGCAGCUGAAGAAGCAAAGAUGGGACAAUGACGUGGACGAGGUCGAAGACGAGGAGACCAUCGACCAGAGACAACAAGCUCUGAGCAGGGAUGACCCGAAAAAGCUGCAGGAGAGGCUACACAGUGCGCUGGAAAAGGCUUUCCAUGACUUGGAUGAGCAGUUGGCUAAACUAUGGGACAAGCACAAGGAAAGCGAGAACAGCGGCAGGGUCGCGAUGUACCUCCUGCGGAUACUGCGGGACGUCCGCGCCAAGCUGCCAAAGCUGGAGUCGGUCAAGGGCUUCGGCCUGGGCAUGGUCCCCUCUCUCCAGGAGGUCACCGCUGUCACGGUCGCAGCCGCGCCGGUGGACAGCUUCGCGAGCAACGGUCUGGCGAAGAGGAAGGUCGUCGGGCGGAGCCUGUGGGAGGGCGAUCCUGAGCUGCCCACCUCGCCGUCCCCCGGCGUGUUCAGGCUGCUGCGUGAACUCACUGUGGCGAUGGGCGAUGCUGGCAUGGACCUAUGGAGCCCUGUGGCUGUCGCGGUGCUGAGGAGGCAUGUCAGUAAGGAGCUCUCUGAGCGGUGGGCCGCGGCUUUGGAGGCGCAUCUUGCCGAAGUCGAGAUCAAAACUGAGGGCGAGAAACCUGCAGCUGAAAUCGAGAGUGGCAAAGUCGAGAGCGGCGACAAAGAAAACACGGCAGAUAAGGAUGCGGACGAGAAUACUCUGGAACCUGCCGAGGAGAGCAAGGCUGAGAAUGAAGAUGACAUAGAGGCGGCUCACGAAUCAGCAUCAGACGAGAAGCCCAAGGCGGCUGAAGAUCCAGCGACAGACAAGGCAGAGGCGGCGGAUGAGUCAACUACGGAGAAGGAAGCAGAGGCAGCCGAAGAAGCAGUGGUUGCUGAAAAGCUACGGCGAGACUUAUUGGUGCAGUGGCUCUUCGAUAUCGCCGUGCUGCGAUUGUCUGUCAGCACGGAGGAGACCUCCAGUGACCUCAAGGAGCUGGAGGAGGCUGUCUGUAAGAGGACGGAUGUCGAAGGCACGCCUGCACGGCAACGUCUGAACAAGGCAUCUCAGGAAUAUUGGAAGAGGAGCAGCCUGUUGUUUGGUCUGCUGAGCUGA